CGAUAACAGUAUUUAUGACGUCAUAUUUCUGAACCAAAUAUAUAUAUAUACAUACACACACACACACAUACAUCUUGAUCUUCUUCUUCACAAGGCGUGUUCAUCGGCUGUGAGGUGGUGAUUAUCUGUCAGUCUCCUGUAAUCUGUAAAAGAAGCAAAAUGGCAGUCGAGAAGGCUGGCAUUGCCAAAGAUGUUACCGAAUUAAUUGGAAAAACCCCGUUGGUGUAUCUGAACCAAGUCGUGGAAGGUUGUGUUGCUCGAAUCGCUGCCAAAUUGGAAAUGAUGGAGCCCUGCUCCAGUGUAAAAGACAGGAUUGGCUAUAGUAUGAUUGCAGAUGCUGAGGCGAAAGGCCUUAUCACACCUGGGCAGAGUGUCCUCAUCGAGCCAACAAGUGGUAAUACUGGGAUAGGAUUAGCCUUCAUGGCAGCAGCUAAGCAUUACAAACUUAUCAUUACAAUGCCUGCUUCAAUGAGUCUUGAAAGAAGAAUCAUCCUUCGGGCUUUUGGAGCUGAGUUGGUUCUCACGGAUCCUGCAAAGGGCAUGAAAGGGGCUGUUCAGAAGGCUGAAGAGAUAUUGGCAAAGACACCUAAUGCCUACAUUCUUCAGCAGUUUGAAAAUCCGGCCAACCCUAAGAUACAUUAUGAAACCACUGGACCAGAGAUAUGGGAAGGUUCAGGAGGGAAAGUAGAUGCUUUUGUUUCUGGGAUAGGUACAGGUGGAACUAUAACAGGUGCAGGGAAGUUUCUAAAGGAGAAGAAUCCUGACAUAAAGCUGUAUGGUGUGGAACCGGUCGAAAGUCCCGUCCUAACUGGAGGAAAGCCUGGUCCACACAAGAUCCAAGGAAUAGGAGCUGGUUUUAUCCCCGGUGUUUUGGAAGUCAAUAUCAUCGAUGAAGUCAUUCAAAUAUCAAGUGAUGAAGCAAUUGAAACUGCAAAGCUUCUCGCACAUAAAGAGGGUUUGCUUGUGGGAAUAUCAUCUGGAGCUGCUGCCGCCGCUGCAAUUAAAAUUGCAAAGAGACCAGAAAAUGCUGGAAAGCUCAUUGUUGUGAUAUUUCCAAGCUUUGGGGAGAGGUAUCUCUCCUCUGUGUUGUUUGAGUCGGUGAGACGGGAAGCUGAAAGCAUGACUUUCGAGCCCUGAGCUGAUUCCUCGAUUUCUGGCCGCUUCAAGUGCGGCCAGUGGUUCCGAAUUGUCUCGCUUCUUGAGUUAAAACUAGGAUAAUCUGGCUGUGUUUUGAGCCCUGGUCUGUUCUCCGGGUUUUGGCACUUUUUCAGUCCAUUUUCUUGUACCUUUCUCUUUGCAUCUGCAACGACUAAAUUAACUUCUUAGUCGUAUCUUCACUUAUUUGUUCCUUCACAAAAUAAUUCUAAAGGUCUCCUCAGCCUUCAAUAAAAUUAAUUUCCUAGUAACAAAGGAUAUAAGAAAUUUAAAUAGACUUUUUUUUUU